AUGAAGAAGUUCUCUCGGAUGCCCAAGUCGGAGGGCGGCGGCGGCGGCGGCGGCGGCGCAGCGGCCGGCGGGUCCGGCGGGGCCGUGGCCGCCUCGGGCUCCGGGGGCUCGUCCGUCGGGGCGCGGGUGUUCGCCGUGGGCCGCUACCAGGUCACCCUGGAGGAGGCGCUGGCGGAAGGUGGAUUCUCCACAGUUUUCCUGGUGCGGACUCAUGGUGGAAUCCGCCAUGCAUUGAAGCGAAUGUAUGUCAAUAACUUGUCUGACCUCAACAUUUGUAAAAGGGAAAUUAAAAUUAUGAAAGAGCUAUCUGGUCACAAAAAUAUUGUGGGCUUUUUGGAUUGUGCCAUUAAUUCAAUUAGUGAUAAUGUAUGGGAAGUACUUAUCUUAAUGGAAUAUUGCCGAGCCGGGCAGGUAGUGAAUCAAAUGAAUAAGAAGCUGCAGACAGGUUUUACGGAACCAGAAGUGUUACAGAUAUUUUGUGACACCUGUGAAGCUGUUGCGAGGUUGCAUCAGUGUAAGACUCCAAUAAUUCACCGGGAUCUGAAGGUAGAAAAUAUUUUGUUGAAUGAUGGUGGAAACUAUGUACUUUGUGACUUUGGCAGUGCCACUAAUAAAUUUCUUAAUCCUCAAAAAGAUGGAGUGAAUAUAGUAGAAGAAGAAAUUAAAAAGUAUACAACUCUGUCAUACAGAGCCCCUGAAAUGAUCAACCUUUAUGGAGGGAAACCCAUCACCACCAAGGCUGAUAUCUGGGCACUGGGAUGCUUACUGUAUAAACUUUGUUUCUUCACUCUUCCUUUUGGUGAGAGUCAGGUUGCUAUCUGUGAUGGCAGCUUCACCAUCCCAGACAAUUCACGCUACUCUCAUAACAUCCAUUGUUUAAUAAGAUUCAUGCUUGAACCAGAUCCAGAGCGUAGACCUGAUAUAUUUCAAGUGUCCUAUUUUGCAUUUAAAUUUGCCAAAAAGGACUGCCCCAUCUCCAAUAUCAAUAAUUCUUCUAUACCUUCAGCUCUUCCUGAACCCAUGACUGCUAGUGAAGCAGCUUCUAGAAAAAGCCAAAUAAAAGCGAGAAUAACAGAUACCAUUGGACCAACAGAAACCUCAAUUGCACCAAGACAAAGACCAAAGGCCAACUCUACUACUGCCACCCCGAGUGUGCUGACCAUUCAGAGUUCAGCUACACCUGUUAAAGUCCCUGUGCCUGGGGAAUUCAGUAACCACAGAUCAAAAGGAGCACUGAGACCUGGAGUCAGCCCUGAGAUUUUACUGGGUCAGGGGCCCCCUCAACAGCCUCCGCAGCAAAACAGAGUCCUUCAGCAACUACAGCAGGGAGACUGGAGAUUGCAGCAACUUCAUUCACAGCCUCGCCAUCCUCAGCAGCAGCAGCAGGAUGCUUAUAUGCAGCAGUAUCAACAUGCUUUGCAGCAGCAACAGAUACUGCAGCAACAAUUUUUAAUGCACUCAGUAUAUCAGCCACAGCCUUCUGUAUCACAGUAUCCUGCAAUGGUGCAGCGGUAUCAGCAGGCUUUCAUGCAGCAGCAAAUGGUAGCUCAGCAACAGCAGUCUCAACAACAGGCAUCAUCUGAGUAUCUUACUUCCCCUCAAGAGUUCUCACCGGCCUUAGUUUCCUAUACUCCAUCUCUUCCAGCUCAGGUUGGAACCAUAAUGGACUCCUCUUAUAGUGCCAAUAGGUCAAUUGUUGAAAAAGAAGCAGUUGCAAAUAUUACAAAUCAGAAGAACUUCAGUAACCCACCUGAUAUGUCAGGGUGGAAUCCUUUCGGAGAGGAUAAUUUCUCCAAAUUAACAGAAGAAGAAUUGUUGGACAGAGAAUUUGACCUUCUAAGAUCAAGUUCUCCUGAAAAGAAAAUCGAACAUUUAUCCCCGAGUCAAGAAAAUAUCCCUGCAGUCCCUAUGAAGAGUAGAAAGGCAAGUCCAGUGUCUAAAGACCACCGGGCUGGAAAGAAAACCUCUGAGAAUUCAUCCGUACAGGGCCAAGUGCAGAAGGGAAAUGACGAGUCUGAAAGCGAUUUUGAAUCGGAUCCCCCUUCUCCUAAGAGCAGUGAAGAGGAAGAGCAAGAGGAUGAAGAAGUUCUUCAGGGGGGACAGGAUUUCAACGAUGACGAUACUGAACCGGAAAAUCUGGGUCACAGGCCUCUCCUCAUGGACUCUGAGGAUGAGGAAGAGGAAGAGAAACACAGCUCUGAUUCGGAGGAUGAACAGGCCAAAGUCAAGUACAGCGCUGGGAGCCCUGCCUACAGAGACAAACCCGGCCGUGGACAAGACCCGAAUGCAGCGCUCCCCAGCUCACCCCCAGUGCCCCCUAAUGCAGGAGUAGAGACUCCCAGACAGGAGUUCGAUGUGUUUGGCGCUGUCCCCUUCUUUGCGGUGCGUGCUCAACAGCCCCAACAAGGCGAGCAUGAGAAGAGCCUCCCUCGGCAGCCCUGUUUCCCUGCUGUGGGCCUGGAGCAGGAGGAAUUUGACGUGUUCACGAAGGCCCCCUUCAGCAAGAAGGUGAACGUCCAAGACGGCCGUGCAGCGGGGCCCGAAGCACAGACGCUCCCUGGCUGUCCCAAGAGUGUGGAUAUAUUUGGCUCCACUCCGUUUCAGCCCUUCCCCACGCCCACAGGUAAAAGCGACAGCCGCGAGGACCUCUUCGGCCUGGUGCCCUUCGAGGAGAUAACGGGGAGUCAGCAGCAGAAAGUCAAGCAGCGUAGCUUACAGAAGCUCUCUUCUCGCCAAAGGCGCACGAAGCAGGACUUGUCCAAAAGUAACGGGAAGCGGCACCACGGCACGCCCACCAGCGCGAAGAAGGCGGCGAAGCCCGCCUACCGCACCCCGGAGCGGGCCCGCAGGCACAGGAAGGCGGGCCGCCGCGACUCCCAGAGCAGCAACGAGUUCCUGACCAUCUCGGACUCCAAGGAGAACAUCAGCGUCGCGCUGACGGAUGGGAAGGACAGGGGCAACGUCCUGCCUCCCGAGGAGGGUCUGCUGGACCCGUUUGGGGCCAAGCCCUUCCACCCCCCGGACGUGCCAUGGCACCCUUCCCACCAGGGCCUGGGCGACAUCCGCGCCGACCACAACCCCGUGCUGCCCGGGUGGCCCAGACCCAACUCACUCCACGGGUCCUUUCACAGCUCAGAGGCGCUGAAGAUGGACGACUUUGGUGCCGUGCCCUUCACAGAACUUGUGGUGCAGAGCGUCACCUCACCUCAGGCCCAACAGCCCCAGGCCAUCGAAUUUGACCCAUUUGGUGCUGCUCCGUUUCCUUCUAAACAGUAG